CUUCACUACAUACAUACCGUACGUAGAGCAUCGUGCUGAACAGAGCACAAGGUGGAGACGUGAAGGGGCACACGAGAGCUGGGGCACCAUGGAGGAGGACAUCAGGAAGAAAGGAAUGCUCUACCUACAGCAACAGAGGUUCGGAAAGAAAUGGAAGAAGGUCUGGUCGAUUUUGUACAGAGAGAGUUCAUGUUCCAUCUCCCGCUUGGAGUUCUUCGAAUGCAAAGAUGGACCAAGCACCCUGGAGAAAUCGGACAAGACCCUCCGCAAGCAACAGGAGAGCAAGAAGGUGAUCAAGCUGAGCGACUGUAUCCGAGUGUCAGAAGUGGACAUGGAGGGCUCCCCCAAAGACUGUGGCCAGUUCCUGAUCGAGACUACAGAAAAACUCUUUGUGUUUGCAGUGGAGAUGACCGAGCUGGACGACUGGACACAGAAGCUGUGUGAAAUUGCAUUCCCUAUAAAGUGGGGUGAGAAAGGAGGAAUGCGGCGUAGCAGUUUGCUUCGAUCAAAGGCAGAUGAUGCAGUUGAGGGGAUGGAGGACAACUCCCUAUACAGCGGAAGAGCCUGUGUAGUGAAGGACUUCAGGGUGGUGGUACGCAGGACAGAGGCAGCAGAGCGCUGCAGGUUAAGAGGGGUCUGUGUUCUACGGACAGACUUUGACAGCCUCCUCCUUAUAGAGUCCAAGACAGGAGAAGUGCUUUUUACCUGGCCCUACCGCUUCCUUCGGAGGUUCGGACGAGACAAGGUGACAUUUUCCUUCGAAGCGGGACGCAGGUGUGACUCCGGCGAAGGCAGCUUUGAGUUUGACACCAAGCAGGGUAACAUGUUGUUCCAGGCCGUAGAGUCAGCCAUUAAUCUCCAGAGGAGUGUAGGCACCCACCGUCAGGUCUCAACUGUCACAGAGGGAGAACUGGGACCCAGGUCCCCAUCAGUGGGAGAGCCAUCUGUUUAUAGCACUGUCAAUGAUGCCAUGCCAAAGGAUGGUUCCUCUCCCCCACUGCUCCCCCAGCCCAGGCUGGAGGCCCCCACAGAGAAACUCCUUGUGGGGGUAAAAAGCCUGACUCUGGACACGAGAGGAGUCCCUCGCAAGAACCAGGUGAAGACCAUCUCCAGUUGCCCUCUGCUGAACAGGGACACCGAGACCUACUCAGAGAUCACCAUGCCUUUGGAAAGGAGAGAGCAAGAAGACAACUCCUCCAUUGGCCUUGGUGCUGGGGCCAACCAUGCCUCCAAGGACUCAGACUACUCUCUCCCCUUUGACACCAUUAACAAAAAUCUGUUGGCAGAGAUGUUGCAUAGCUUCCACGUGCCGUCGGGGUUGGAGCCUCAGGGAUGCGAGGGGGCUGGCAGCCAGGUGGACAACUACACUCCGGAUCCCCUCUAUGACAGCAUCGACGAGUCAGCCAUCCGUUCAGCCCAGGCCAGGGCCAAGAGCACCAACGUCAGAAUAAAGCCAGAACACAUCUACGAUGAGCCGGAGGGAUGCGCCGUAGCUGCAGCUCGUGAGCCUGAAUGCCCCACCUCUCUUUACGAUGACCCCGAGGAGGUCCGAGGUCAUGCCUGGAAAAUCAUGGGUACCGUAGCUGACCCCAACGGCCAUGAGUAUCCAUACAACCCUCAUGUCGAUGACUAUGCGGUCCCCAAGCCACUAAAGAGAACGUUCCCCCCAAACGCAACCAACAUUGAAGAAGAGGACUCUCCUUAUGAUAAUGUGAUGGUUAAAAAGACAGAUAGGGAGAACCGAUGAAAGCUGGCUCGCAAUGCCAGUGUUAGCAUGUCUGGAAUACCAAGAACCUUUUUUAUUAAACAGGAUUCACAGAUGCUGAUACUGAUCCAUGAUACUUCAUGAAACUUCAGGAUCUGCAUUUUCAGUUUUUUAUAGUAUACCUAAAUGAUGCUGUGAAGUUCAUGAACACAUCUACAAUAAUGUUUUUUGUAUUACUUAAAGUAAUUUAUUUCAACCAUUUUAUUGUUGUUGCUUUUAUUAUGGUUUUUUAAAUACUGUUGUACAGUCUUUUGUCCACCAGGAGGCAGCAACUCUAUUAUACAUCUGUGACUACGCAACGGUUUCUCUAAGCACUUUUUAAUGUCUUUCUCUGAUGCACAGAUGUUCCAUUCAUUUGUUUAUUAUGUCAUUACCGUUAAUCGGAAAAUAAACGUGAUCUUUAAAUCCUGUGGAUUUUGACACUCAA